AUGCCAGUACGGUACGGACGACUCAUUGUCACCAACAAGUUCGUUGGGAGCAUGGCGAAUCAUUCUAUCGUCAAAAGGGUGUUCGAAGUCCGAAUGAUGACUGAUCCCGAGGCUCCACCACACUACGUCCUGCACCUAGAAUAUUUCGAGUGGCCUGACUUUCGUGUACCGAGCACAACUGUAUCACUCCGAGAGAUGAUGAGAAGUUUGCAGUUCAUACCAGUGGAUGCCGGUCCAUUUGUCGUCCAUUGCAGUGCAGGUAUAGGUAGAACCGGCACGUACUGCGUAAUAGAUCACACAUUACGGCGAAUUCUCAACGGUGAUCUAACAGCAGUUGACGUAUGCCAAACUCUUAGAACCUUUAGGAAACAACGAUACGGCAUGGUGCAAACUAGGGAUCAAUUUCGCUUCUGCUAUGACGCCGUCUGCGAUGAACUUGAAGACAUGAUUUCCCAUUCCCAAAAUUCCACCCAGCAUUCCUUCAAGGCAGCUGUAAACUCGCGCUGAGUGAGCCCUGAGCAUGCAACGUAAGCACCCUUGUCAUGUUAUGGAAAUCCAAGUGGUCCGAUGUCCAUAAGAUCUGCUCGGAGUCAAUCAUGCAGUCGCUUAAGAAAGCUCGUGAGCCCCAACUUGCGACAGGUUUAACUCAGUGCGUGGAUGAUCGGCCAUCUUCGUCGUCUUUCAAUUUGGAUCUUAGCAACUCUGAUCUGGAGCAAAGUAUCAUUGGGCAACAGUUCUGCUGCAGUGCUGUUGUAGAAAAUCACUCAUUGUGAUAGACGGUCAUCAGUGGUUA